AUGUCAGAUAAAGAUCAUUCGUUACCUAUUCCAGUGCCUGGAAAAGAGGAGAGUGGUAGCAAUAAAUCUUUCUUGUCUCAAUCAGUGUUACGUAAAAUGAGUCAACCGAUGUCUCCAUUAUCAUUAUCAGGCCCAGCUAAUCAGGCUUCCACAGAGCUGGCAAUAGCCUCUAUUGCACCAAUGCUAGAAGGAUUUGCGCCCAAGACUAGCGCAGAAGAAUCGAAAGACGGUGUUUCUUCGAAAUUGACUACUUCGCCUCAUGGAUCGGAUAGUUUAUCUACCGAUAAUUUGAAUUCAAACGAUGGUUCCAAGUCGAAAAGGAAUUCAAGGGCAGGAUCUACAUCUUCUGGAAGUGCUUUAGAUCCAACGAUGAGCAAAUUGAAUAAAACUACUUCGAAUUCGUCUUCUGCUUCCAGAAUGUCUCUAUCUAUUCACAAAGAACCUGAAGGUCCCAAAUUACCUAAGAUAGGCAAAAUCGGUGUAUGUGCUAUGGAUUCUAAAGUCAUGUCAAAACCAUGUCGUCGUAUCUUAAAUCGAUUAAUUGAAAACGGGGAGUUUGAAACUAUCAUUUUUGGAGAUAAGGUUAUUCUUGAUGAAGCCAUUGAAAAUUGGCCAACGUGUGAUUUUUUGAUUAGUUUUUUUUCAUCAGGAUUCCCUCUAGAAAAAGCUAUUGCUUAUGCCAAUUACCGUAAGCCUUAUAUAUUAAAUGAUUUGAUCUUACAAAAAACACUUUGGGAUAGAAGAUUGGUGUUAAAUAUAUUGAAUCAUGCAAAUGUCUCUACACCAGAAAGAUUAGAAAUCAGUCGUGACGGAGGUCCUCAUAUCGAUGAUUCGUUAAUGAAUAAACUUAAAGAAGUUGGUUUAACGGAUGAACAGUUAGAAAAAUUGACUAAUCAGAAGGAACCCGAAUGGGAAAUGAUAGAUGAGGAUACAUUGCAAGUCCAAGGCAAGAUUAUGAAAAAGCCAUUUGUAGAAAAGCCAGUAGAUGGUGAAGACCACAACGUGUAUAUUUACUAUCCAAAAUCUACUGGUGGCGGUGGUCGUCGUUUGUUUAGAAAAAUCGGUAAUAAAUCUUCUGAGUUUGAUCCUGACUUAUCAACACCUAGAACAGAAGGAUCAUACAUUUAUGAAAAGUUUAUGGAUACAGAUAACUUUGAAGAUGUGAAAGCAUAUACAGUGGGACCUAAGUUCUGUCAUGCGGAGACUCGUAAAUCUCCGGUAGUUGAUGGUAUUGUCAGACGUAAUACCCACGGGAAGGAAAUUAGGUUUGUAACUGAAUUAUCAGAAAGGGAAACUAUUAUGGCUCGAAAUGUCAGCUCUGUAUUUCAGCAGACUAUUUGUGGAUUUGAUUUAUUGAGAGUGAACGGAGAAUCCUACGUAAUCGAUGUUAAUGGUUUCUCCUUCGUUAAAGAUAAUAAUGAUUACUAUGACUCCUGUGCAUCAAUAUUAAGAGGUUUAUUUAUUGAAGCCAAAAAAUCUCGUGAUUUGUUAAAGACAAAGAUACCUCGUCUGUCUAAAUUACUUCAUAAAAGUCAAUUUGAAGAAAAAGAACAAAAAUGGGUCUUCAAAGGUAUGGUAUCCGUUAUUAGACAUGCAGAUCGUACCCCUAAACAAAAGUUCAAGUACUCUUUUAGAUCACCUUUAUUUAUUUCAUUAUUAAAGGGUCAUUUGGAGGAAGUUAUCAUAAGGGAUGUUCCUGAUCUCCAGGUGGUUUUAGAAACUGUGAAGAUUGCGGAAGAAAAGAAGUUGGAAGAUCCAAAGAAGCUUAAGCAAUUAAGAGGAGCCUUAGAAAAGAAAAUGAAUUUUCCUGGUACUAAAAUUCAGUUGAAGCCUUCUUUAAAUUCAGAAAAUCCCGAAACCGUAGAUAAAGUGCAAUUAAUCUUGAAAUGGGGUGGUGAACCAACACAUUCAGCACAAUUCCAAGCCAAUGAUGUUGGGGAACAACUAAGACAAAACAUUAAACUCUUGAAUCGUGAUGCUUUAAAAGAUGUGAAGGUCUUUACUUCGUCGGAAAGAAGAGUUAUUGCGAGUGCACACUUAUCGACAUUAGCGUUACUCGGCUUAGAUAAGGAACAUGAAGAAUUGCCAGAUGAUUUUUUGAUCAUUAGGAAGGAUUUAUUAGAUGAUUCAAAUGCUGCUAAGGAUUUAAUGGAUAAAGUUAAAAAGAAAUUAAAGCCAUUAAUUAGACAAGGAGCUGAAGCUCCUCCACAAUUUACUUGGCCACCUAAGAUGCCACAGCCUUUUGUAGUAAUCAAGCGUGUUUGUCAGUUAAUGAAUUACCAUCAACAAAUUAUGGAUUAUAAUUUUGAGAAGAACAAUGUUGACGAAUUUCAAAAAAAUUGGUGUUGUGGAGAAGAUCCAGUUCUAUUUAAAGAAAGAUGGGAUAAAUUAUUUCAAGAAUUUACUACUGUCGAAAAAACACAUCCAUCAAAAAUUUCCGAAUUGUAUGAUACAAUGAAAUACGACGCAUUACACAACAGGCAAUUCUUACAAAACAUCUUUUCAUUUGAUCCUAAAGAUGAAGAAUUACUUGCAAGGUUAAAUAAAGUAUGUGGCGAUACAAUAAAUUCUUCAGGUUUAGUCAGUGAAUAUCCAAUUAACAUUUUGGCAAUGAAUAAUUUCAAGAUUCCAAAUGAUAAUCAAACAGCUUCGAAUAGUAAUAAUACAUCAGGACCAAAUUCAACUUCGAAUUCUAGCAGCAAUCUCGCAAACAUUACAUCUUCAACUACACCUGCAUCGGCUGGGUCUCUAGGGUGGGUAUUAAAGGGGGCCACUUCAACAGUUGACGAUUCUUCUUCAAAUAAUGAGUCGAAUACCAAGAAAAAACAAGAUACUCAUGAUAAUUUGUUCGAUCGUCCAACAUUCACUAGACUUAGAGAAUUAUACAGGUUAUCAAAAGUAUUAUUUGACUUUAUUUGUCCUCAAGAAUAUGGUAUUAAAGAUGAAGAAAAACUAGACAUUGGAUUACUUACCUCUUUACCAUUAGCAAAGCAAAUAUUAUCUGAUAUCCAAGGUAUGAGGGAUAAUGAUGCGGCUGCCGUAGUGAAUUACUUUACAAAGGAAUCUCAUAUUUAUACAUUACUAAAUGUUAUUUAUGGUUCUCAAAUCCCAAUGAAGAUUGCUAGAAAUGCAUUACCUGAAUUGGAUUACAUGUCACAGAUUGUUUUUGAAUUAUAUGAAGCGGACGAUUCAAAUGAUCCAUCUGGUAAAAAGCAUUCUAUUAGAUUAUCUUUGUCUCCUGGUUGUCAUACACAAGAUCCGUUAGAUGUCCAAUUAGAUAAUGAUCAUUACAUCGGAUGUAUUCCUCGUAUUGGUUUAACUAGGCAUUUAGAUAUGGAUUUAGUGACUCAAAGAUUAAAGUCAAGGUUUUCCAGAGUUUCAUUACCAAAGAAGUUUACUCCAGUUAAUAUUUCAAGUCCAUUGGCAACAGGCUUAUGA